UUUGUAAUCUCAUAUCCUGUAAGAAAAUACUGAAGAAAACAUGUUAAUGAUACAUAGGGUAGGUGCUUUGAGUUGUUAUCUUUGUGAUGAUGUUUUUCUGGAGUAAGUGGCUGCGUUUUGACUAACUAGCUCAUUUAUUUUCUGAACAGUUUAAAUACAGUUAAAAUAAUAACCUUGUCUACCACCUACCCACCCCCAUCCUGAAAAACAACUGGCCUUUGGAAUGUAAGUAAGAACAGUUUUCGUAGAUGGUGCUGGAAAUUUUUUCCCUCAAAAAGAGAUACUUAUAACCAAUUAUUUGCCUCAAACCUACCUUUUGUUAAUUUGCAAAUAGCAAAGUUUUGAUUUCUUGUCAGUUUGUUUUGAUGACUUCAGGCACUUGUUUCUGUUUCAAACUGAAAGAAGUUUUAUAUUUUAUAAAAGCUAUUUUUUCUUUUAAAAUACGGAAAUUAGUGUAGCAUAAAUCAGUGUUUUUAAGGAUUUAAUAUUAUGUAGAUAAUUUUGUACUACACACUAGAAAGUGGAAUUUGUAAGUGCUUAUCUUAGAAAACUGGCAACCAAUAGUUGAAUGGUAGGAAAAAUAACAUUUUUAGGGAAAGAACAGAAAAGGAGAGGAGUCAUUAUUUAUGUUUAAAAUAUUUAGAUACUUAACCAAGAAUUUCUGUAUAUUUAACACAGGCACUUCUAGUUUUUAGAGGAUGUUCACUGCAUAGAUUAAUAUUUGUGGGUAAUGAAGUCUACAAAAGCAAAUAACAAGGUGCAACUGAUUUCUAGUACUGACCAAACAAAAGGCUGCCAGGCCUCCUGCUGAACAACAGCAUGCUUCUUUGGUUUAUAGACCGCGACAUAACCGCCCAGUGUUUUGCAGUAGACUGUCGCCAUCACGCUGUUUCCUGGGGAUGCCCCAGGGGGCAGCAGCAUUGCCCUGGAGUUGGGACGCAUACUUGAGAGACUGUUUUUUUUUUUUUUUCUGAUCAUGCUAUGUAGGUGCAUAUAGUGAUUUUGAGGAGUUGUAGCCUAUCCAGAGUUCCUUGGCAUUUACAACUGAUAAUCUUUUUUUAGGGCCUUAAAUUCUUUUUAAAAAUUCCAGUGAAUUAAUUGCACAGCACAUAUGAUUAUAGUCCAGGAGACUGCAAAUCUGACAUAAAGCUUUUAAAAAUACCUGUGAGCUUAAUAUAACAAACAAAGCAACAAAACCCCCAAAGCACCCUGCCUUUUAAUCACGCCCUCUGUCGAAAGCUUUGAGGACAAAAAUUGAAAGUUGAAGUUUGUUGACCGAUUGGACAGAAGACAGCCUCCAAAAGGUCUGCAGACAUCAGUCAUUACAGCUUGCCCUUGGUUUUCUUCUUGAGGCCUCUGGGGUAAGAGCCUACUAGAAUAAUGUUUUGGAAGAAGUUCAUUAAUGGCAGCACCUAUCAAGAUACCAUCCAGACUCCUGGUUACUCAAAAUUCUAAUACAGCAGUGUAGAACCUUGAAGUUAAAUAAAUGAGUAACCAAAGAACCAAGAAAGAGUCUCUUUCAUUUGGACCCUUGGAUGCCCACUGAAGAGAUGCUUGAGACCUGCAAGUAAUCUUCAGAUUGUAUCGGAACCAUAAGGCCUGUCCUUUGUGUGGGGAGGAGAUAGCCCAUGUGCUGUGGAAAUGAACGGGGAGCAGCAGACUGAUGCAGAUGCUGGAUCCGGUGUGGAAGAAGUGGAAUUAAGCUGGGAAGAUUAUCUAGAGGAGACAGGGUCCACAGCAGUUCCCUACGGGUCUUUUAAACACGUGGACACACGUUUGCAAAAUGGAUUUGCUCCUGGGAUGAAACUGGAGGUAGCUGUGAAAACAGAUCCUGAAACCUACUGGGUUGCCACCAUCAUUACCACCUGUGAGCAGUUGCUCCUCCUCCGCUAUGAUGGCUACGGGGAGGACCGGAGAGCAGACUUUUGGUGUGAUAUCAGGAAGGCUGACCUCUACCCCAUUGGGUGGUGUAAGCAGAACAAGAAGACCCUUGAAGCCCCAGAAGGCAUCAGAGAUAAAGUGUCUGAUUGGGAUGCGUUUCUGCAGCAGACCCUGAUGGGAGCAUGUAGUCCUCCUGUUCCGCUGCUAGAGGGCCUCCGUAAUGGGAGGAAUCCUUUAGAUCUCAUUGCUCCAGGUUCCAGGCUGGAACGUCAAGCUUUCCAGGACUCUUUAAGCACUUGGAUUGUUACUGUAGUAGACAACAUUGGGGGAAGGCUGAAGCUGCGUUACGAAGGACUUGAAAAUUCUGAUAAUUUUGAACAUUGGUUGUAUUACUUGGAUCCGUUUCUUCAUCAUGUUGGUUGGGCUGAUCAACAGGGAUAUGAGCUUCAGCCCCCAUUAGCCAUCAGACAUCUGAAAAAUGAAGCUGAGUGGCAAAAGGUCUUGGCCAAAGUGAAAGAGGAGGAGGAAGAGCCAUUACCAUCUUACUUAUUUAAGGACAAACAAGUGAUUGGCACUCAUUCAUUCUCUAUAAAUAUGAAAUUGGAAGCUGUAGACCCUUGGUCUCCUUUUGGGAUCUCUCCUGCUACAGUUGUUAAGGUUUUUGAUGAAAAGUAUUUUCUGGUGGAAAUGGAUGAUUUGCGACCAGAGAAUCGUGCCCAGCGAUCCUUCGUGUGUCACGCUGACAGUCCUGGUAUCUUCCCGGUGCAGUGGGGUCUGAAGAACGGUUUACACAUCAGUCCCCCUCCUGGCUACCCGGGCCAGGACUUUGAUUGGGCCGACUACCUCAAACAGUGUGGUGCUGAAGCUGCUCCCCAGAGGUGCUUCCCUCCGUCGAUUUCUGAACAUGAAUUUAAGGAGAACAUGAAGCUUGAGGCAGUGAACCCCCUUGUCCCUGAAGAAGUGUGUGUUGCCACCAUUACUGCAGUGAGAGGCGCCUACCUGUGGCUCCAGCUGGAGGGUUCUAAGAAACCCAUACCUGAAUUUAUUGUGAGUGUGGAAUCCAUGGAUAUAUUUCCUUUGGGCUGGUGUGAAACCAAUGGCCAUCCCCUCAGCACUCCUCGCCGAGCACGAGUGAACAAACAGAGGAAAAUUGCAGUGGUUCAACCAGAAAAACAGCCCAGAAUACCAUCCUCGAGGACUGUCCAUGAGGGUCUGAAGAAUCAGGAGCUGAACUCCACAGACUCAGUUAUGAUUAAUGGAAAAUAUUGCUGUCCAAAGAUAUACUUCAACCACCGUUGCUUCUCAGGGCCAUAUCUUAACAAAGGAAGAAUUGCGGAGCUGCCUCAAUGUGUGGGACCCGGAAACUGUGUCCUGGUCCUCAGAGAGGUCCUCACUUUACUCAUCAAUGCAGCCUAUAAACCCAGUCGUGUCCUUCGGGAGCUGCAGCUGGACAGAGACUCUGUGUGGCAUGGAUGUGGGGAAGUCCUAAAGGCCAAAUACAAAGGAAAGAGUUAUCGAGCUACUGUUGAGAUAGUAAAAACAGCAGAUCGGGUGACUGAAUUCUGCCGGCAAACCUGUAUCAAACUGGAGUGCUGUCCUAAUCUCUUUGGUCCACGGAUGGUUCUGGAUAAAUGUUCUGAGAACUGCUCUGUACUUACAAAGACCAAAUAUACACACUACUAUGGAAAGAAGAAAAAUAAAAGAAUUGGGAGGCCACCUGGUGGGCAUAGUAACUUAGCAUGUGCCCUGAAAAAAGCCAGUAAGAGGAGAAAGAGGCGGAAAAAUGUUUUUGUUCAUAAGAAGAAACGCUCCUCUGCGUCUGUUGAUAAUACCCCAGUGGGCUCCCCCCAGGGAAGUGGGGGUGAAGAUGAGGAUGACCCAGAUGAAGGGGAUGAUGAUUCCCUAAGUGAGGGCAGUACAUCUGAGCAGCAGGACGAGCUACAGGAGGAGUCAGAAAUGUCAGAAAAAAAGUCAUGCUCCUCCUCUCCUACCCAAAGUGAGAUCUCCACAUCGCUGCCUCCAGACAGACAAAGAAGAAAAAGAGAGCUUCGCACUUUUUCAUUUUCUGAUGAUGAGAAUAAACCUCCUUCACCAAAGGAAAUAAGGAUUGAAGUUGCUGAAAGGCUUCACCUGGACAGUAACCCCCUGAAGUGGAGCGUGGCAGAUGUUGUGCGGUUCAUCAGAUCCACCGACUGUGCUCCGUUAGCAAGAAUAUUCCUAGACCAGGAAAUUGAUGGGCAGGCCCUGUUGCUCCUUACCCUUCCCACUGUUCAAGAGUGCAUGGACUUAAAAUUGGGCCCUGCCAUCAAACUUUGCCAUCACAUAGAGAGGAUCAAGUUUGCUUUUUAUGAACAAUUUGCCAACUGAGAAAGACAACCAAAGUGGGCUGUAUCUUUGAAGCACAAAUGCAGCAUAUCCUUUGCUCUGCUUUACAAGUGGAGCUGAAAUAGUCCUGGGGCUCUGGGCCCUGCAGGUGUCGGCUUGCUCUCUUUGCACUUUCAGGGAAGGAGGACCCACACUGAGGAAGCAAAAACUGCACAGAAGUGCUCUCCUGCCAGUGAAAAUGUGGGCAUCUCUUGUUCAGCAGAUUGCAGUUUAAAAAAAAUUAAGAUUGUGAAGAAAAGACUCAUAUAAGAAGAAUACACAUUUCCACUGGUGUGGCCUGAAAACGAAUAAUCUAGGCUGCUGGAAAACACCCUUCUGGUUUUCUUUUUGUUCUUUCUGUUCCUUCCCAUUGUAGAUUGAACUUUGUUCUCUGCUUUCUCUUUCUUGGAAAGAGAGGACAUAGCUUUAAGUCAGCACUGAUUGGGGACUGAGCCUAAGGCACAUCAGUGCUUCAUUGUCAUUGUGUUUUUAAACUUUUUAAAAUUAAAACAGUUCAUUUUGGGGAUGAUUAUGUGGCUCUAGGGUUUUGAAUGUACAGUCACACUUUGAUCCAUUUUAAAAUCUAUUCUUAGUUCCUUUGUUUUACUACCUCUGUUGAUAAUUGAGCUUAUAGCCAUAUAUGAGGUUUUUUGUAUGAUACCAUUUUUAAACUACAUGAACACUAAAACUAUGACAGAAGUUGGAGGGAGGAAAAACACUGUUUGCUUUCUUAGAAGCAUUGUGUGACACUUAUACCAAUUCUUUAACUGAUGUGAUCUAAGAACUCUGUCAUUGUUUUCCAUCUUGACCUCAGCUUGGGCUACCUGUUGCAAGUAGUAUCGCAAAGAUGGUUGCUAUUUCAGUUGAAAUGCUCUCUUCCCAUUAGUUCUCAGAGAGACUUCGGUAGCUUUUCUUUUUGUUUGCUUUUUUCUACAGUUGUUUGUCUACUUUCAUUCUGAGAGUCCUCAUGUUGGUUAAAAAUCAGCAGGUGUUCCCUGGACCCACAGGAAAGCCCAUUUCCCCUUCUUUCGUGGUGUCUCCAGGCAGAUAGUUUAGAAGCACAAUAGAGAAAACGUGUUUUGGGGGUGAUGUAGAGCAUCAGGUUUCUGUGACGGUGUGUCCUCAGUGGCUGGGUGAAGAUUAAAAGGUGGUUAGGAUUCUAGAAAUGUCUUUGCCUAGUCACGUGGACACUUUUCUUUGGUCAAACCUUUAGAUCAAAUGUAAUCUACAGUCAAUUCCCACUUACUAACUUGCUUUUCUUUUAGGUGUUUCUUUUAACCCAGCUCAAGUUGACAUUAAACUGCAGAUGAAUUUUCACUUAUGAUUGCACUGCUAGCUACUAUAGAGCAACAGCAUUUGCUGUACUGUUCCAGCCAUGGGGAAUGAGGAAAGAUACAUACAUAGGGGGUUCCUUUAAAUGGUUUGCUUUGCUGAGUGGUUGUUUUUUUUUGUUUGUUUUUUGUUUUUUGUUGUUUUUAAUUAUCCUAGUCAUUUAACCAGUCAUUCCUCUUCAAGAUUUGAAAAUGUUUUAAAAUCACAAAUUGGGUAAAUGCUAAACAGCUAUACAAAUAUAAGGUAAUAUUACAAAUUUAAACUGAUGGAGAUUUCUUUCCUUUUUUCCCUCCCCCACCCCACCUGUUUUUCUAGACCUUGUCAGACAUUCUGUAGCCUGAAUCCUCUCUUCAUUCGACAAUUUAUGAACCAUCUUAACUCAAGACCUCCAACCAAACCAUGUAUUAACACAUCAACUCUUUGCCUAGAUUACUACCAGAUAUACCUGGAAAUAAGCUUCAUUUAAGUAAAAGUUAGUAUGUUUGAACUCAUCAGAGAGCCAGGUUUUAAAUUUUUGAUUGAAUCUAUGCCCAUGGGAGAGAAGCAUAUAUAAGAUACUUGGAAACAGUUAGCACUAAGUAGACAGAGGGGCAGAUCUUGCGUAGUAAUAUUUCCUGAGAGCUUAGCAGUGAAGGCACUAAGGCAAAUAGUUCCUUAGAGAUCAGUGGAACGAAAAACACCCAGAAUUAGUUAACAUUGUUUUCUUAUUUAAGAAAAUGAGAUUUUUUUUUCUAAGAGGGAAUUUAUCAAAUGCAACACUGAGUAUGUUACAUUGUCUCUCUCUUGACUUCUUCAGAAACCAUAGAAUUUAGAACACCUCCUUUCACAGGUGAGGGGGACAAAGCCCCUGAAAGGUGAAACACACAGCCCUAAGUAGUAGUCUCUGAUCAGGUAGAAUCAGGCCCAACUAUGAUUAUUCAAGCUCAGCUUUCUCCUAGAGAGAAUGACUCUAAAUUGGACAGAUGAUUAGGGUUUCCCUUAAUAAUAUUUCCUGCAUUCUCAUACCAAGCUAAUAGUUUAUUAGGUAACUACAUUAAAGAAGUAUAUACCCCCAGCUCCUACUCCCAGAUGUCACAUAAAAGAGGAUAAUUGAGAAUUUGGCAUAGGGCAUUUUUUUUUUAAGUAUAAAAUUUAGACUCCAUUCGCCUCAUCAUGUUUCUGGGGCUGGACUGGACAGCAGUGACAGGCUGAAUCUUGUGAUUCUGAAACAGAUUUUAAGCCUGAUAAUAGCUCACCAUGUUGGGGUAAAAUUGUAUGUUGCACAUAGGUACAUGAGAUUGUUUUUCAAAGAUAUCAGCCUCUUAAAUUUAUGAGAGGUACAUUGUAAGGGACUGCAUUUGUCUAAAUUUCACCUUCAGCUGGCCCCUAAGGUCAAAGUUUUCCGUAAUCCAUUUUUGAUUCUGGAUUGACAAGCUUGGAAACAGGUGACUGGGUUCUAUCAUCCUCCUGGACCUUAAAGUUGCCUGACCAGUAUAAGCCUACUGCUUAGUGUUAAUGUGUUAAGGAAACCUUUUAUUGUACGUGAAGAUUUGCCAUGACGUUUUGACUAUUUUGUGGGCUUGUGGGAAUUAUGCUAUUUUCCUUUAUAAACUACUUUCAUCCCUCUUGUUUGAAGAAGAGUUGAGGAGGCUAAUGCAGGGAAUGUAUUAAUGGGGGCUUUUAUCCUAAAUGCCUUUGUUUAGUGAUGUAGGUGGCUCCUAGCAUCUACAUUAAAGAUAUGAGGUCAGGGAAGGGUAGUUACCAACCUCUGGAAGAGAUGGGCUUCUUGGGUAAAUGUAUUUAAUUAUGAUAGAGGCAGACAUAGAACAGUUCAAAACUUGGCCUUUACAUGCUGCUUCUCCUGGAAGUAAAAUUCUCACUGUGAGAGAGAGGACAUUGGACCAAAGCUUCCUGAGGACUUGAAUACAUUUUACUUGUUCUCUUACACUGAUUCGGUCACUGAUACAGUACCUGAAUACAGAGUAAAACCUUUAGGAGGCCCUAAGUUGAAUAGGACUCAGAACCAUCCCCCUCACUCAAGCCAAAAAGUAUUUCUGGGUGAUGCAGAGAACAUCAGGGAAUUGUAGGUAAGGUUUAUCUAAAUGGGGACAUUGGGAAAACUAUCGUAGUAGGCACUUACAUUUACUUGGCAUCUAUCACCAAAGACUAUUGAUAUUUAAGUCACCAUGUGCUGGUUUGAUUGAUUCCCACAGAUGCUCUGAGAAAGUUGUUAGGAUCAUAGCCUCAGCAGUGAAAAUACACACUGGGUUUGAAGUCUGGUCCUGUAUAUUGGGGAUGGUGUGUGUGUGUAAGUUCAAAAGUAGUCUGUAUUAUCAGUUGGCCUUACGAAAGUGAAGGAGAAGGCAUCACUAACAAAUGGAAGUAUAAGUCUUGGAGGGGACUGGGUUCCCCCUUUAAAAAUGUGAAUGUCUGAUCCUGCAUCCACUGUAAGUAACCAUGUGACAUGCAUGGUGCUGGCUCAGAAACCCUGUAGGACAGAGCCUCCUGCAAAAACAAAAAGAAAUCAGUCACUUGCACACAAGUAUAAUUCUUCCUUGACUUUAUUCACCUUACAGUGUUUUGCUAGUGAAUUUUGAUAAUCCCCAGCCAUUGUAUGAGAAUGUGCAUACUUUGGAAAUUUGAAUUUAUCUAAAUAAGUCAUCCGGGGACUUAGAGCUUUGGCAGAAGAGUUCUAAACUCCAAGCGCAGUCCAAACAGAUCUAGUUCCAAGCCUGCUGACCUGGGGUUUCCUCUGCACUUGUUCCAGGUUACACAGGUAGUUCUGUUCCUGAGGGCAGCCUUAGGAGUGAAGUUACAGAAGGUGGUAGGCCAUAAGUGCACUGGAGGUUGACUUUCUUGGAUCUGGUGUUUCCAAAAUCUUAGAUUUUCACAAGAAUCAGCAAAACCUAGAGUUAAGGUUGGGAGGAUGGAGAAGUAAGCUUAAAACUCCCUCCCUUUGUGUCUUUUCUGACUUGACACACCAUUUGGUUCCAUCCUGGUGUCAUAAUCUAUCACAGAGGACUGUCUUAAAAGGGAAAGAAGCCACAGCCUUGCUGGACACAUCUUUUUAACACCAGUAGUUAAGUGUGGACCUGGAGCCCUGGGAGACAAUGGUGUCGGACUAUCUCUGGAGUCAGCUGAUGAUGCUGGCUAGUGAAAUGAAGCUCCCGUUUCUAAUGGGGGUGCCUAUUCUCAGGAUGUGUGAAAACACAGUCCUAAGUGUUUCUCCAUGUAUUAGUUAAUCUAACUGCAUGCCUAGCUUGGCAGAAUGGACAUGGGCAAAUGGUGCUGAAAGGAUGAGGGUAGGUCUUUUGGGCAAAUUAAAUUACAAAGCGGAUGACUGAGGGAGGUUACAAAGUUAAAACUGGGCAGUUCCUUUGCUCAUUUUGCAAGAAGUCUCUAGGGAAGUGUAGUUUGAAUGUUUCUCUUGAGAUUUUAAAAUGUGCAUUUCUUUUCCUCUUCUUUUCUUCUUCUUUUUUUUUUUUUUUUUUUUUUUUUUUUUGGUUGAAUAUUCUAAAGACAAUCAGGCCUGCCAGGGCAAGACUUCUGGCUGGUUCCAGCACUGUCCUUGGGCCUUUUUCUAAUACUAGCUUCUUGGAACUGAUGCACUUUGUUUAAUGUGUGUUGUCCUUUUUUUUUUUUUUUUU